AUGCCGAGACCGCCGCCACCGGUUAAACUGAGCAUGAAGCAAAUGGUCAGAGGAUACAAGGAUCACCUGAAGACGGCUAGAGCGGAAGCGGACGAGAAGCUUGCUUCGACUCGGUGGCCGAAAGAAAACAUCGGAAAUUUCGAAAUCCUAGGGACCUUGGGCGAAGGAUCGUUCGGCACAGUAAUCCUGGCGAUGCAUCGCCAGUCGAGAAAGCUUUUCGCCGUCAAAGUACUAAGCAGCAGAAUGGCUGAGAUCUGCGGCGCGGAGAGGGCUCUGCUCGAGAAAAGAGUUCUAUUCGCGACGCACAGCGAUUUCAUCGUUCCUUUAUUCUUCUCUGGACAUGAUCGCACCAACCUGUACCUGUUCAUGGAAUUCGUGCCGAGGGGCACUCUCAAGCGGUGCUUCUGCGAGAAUUCGAGACAGCCGGAGGCUACCGUCAAGCUCUACGCAGCCCAGAUCGUGCUGGCUCUCGAAUAUUUACACGCAUGUCGUAUUCUAUACAGAGAUCUUAAGCCGGACAAUGUCUUGCUCGCCGACGACAAUUACAUCAAACUGUGCGAUUUCGGUCUCGCCAAGCGAAUCCAACGCUGCACCUACACUGUGGUCGGUCACAGAUCCCACAUACCGCCCGAGGUUACCAGAAGAUUGGGUUAUCGGGAAGGAACGGAUUGGUGGGCCUUCGGCGUCACUGUUUAUGAGCUGUUGUUUCAAAAACUACCGUACUCUUACACGGAUCCUGCUUAUAGAGGCGUAAAUGUCCCGGUCAUUCCGAUAGUGUUCCCACCAGAGGCCCCAGUGAGCGUUGAGGUUCACGACCUCAUACUGAGUCUACUUGAGAAAGAUCCCACCAGGCGCCUCGGCACCUUGGAGCGCGGCACCGAAGACGUCAAGGAGCACCCAUGGUUCGCAGGGUUGAGCUUCCCGAAGCUUUUUCACAAGUCAAUCCCGAUGCCAAACUUCGACUACCCUGAAACUGUCCCGAUCAAGAAGAUCGUGUAUCGGACCUUUUUCCACGCGGGAGAAGUCGGUCCCGCCGCCGCGGACAUCUUCGAGGAUUUCUGA